AGACAAGCGUUCAGAGCAAUAGCAGCAGCAGCAGCAGCAGCAGCAGCAGCGCUCCGGUCACAGGGAGUCGUGGCGGCAGAAGCAGCAGCACAGCAGCACUAUCAGUCACAGCGCAGGCAGCAGCGGCAGCAGCAGCCACAAACUCUCCCCGUCUUUCUGCUCUUCUUUCAGGAGUUGUUUCAUGCACCGGAGGACAGACGCCGAGGAAGUAAGAGGAAAGUGAUCCAGGGCUUGAUAGCUGCCAUCAAAGACCAAAACGCAGACCUGGCUGCCCCCAUGCCUAUCGAAUUUGUUUGCAAAAUCAAAUUUGCAGAGGAGGAUGAGAAGCAGAAAAACCAGCAGGAUGGGGACAAGGAGAGUCUGAUCGAGGAGAGUUGCUCACCUCCGGCCAAGGACUUGGCCAGGUUUGCCAACUCCUGCUCCCUUCAUGGGAUUAACCACAUCUUUGUCUCUGGUCGCCUGGGCAUCCGGCAGACUCUCUGGACUAUUGCCUUUUUGACUUCGCUGGCGCUGUUUGUUUACCAAGCUGCCAAGUGUGCCAUUUCUUACCUAGAGCACCCGCAUGUCACAGCCCUGAAUGAAGAGGCUUCUCCGGAGAUGGUUUUCCCCGCUGUGACCAUCUGCAACAUCAACCGCUUUCGCUUCUCUGCCCUCACCGAUGCCGACAUCUACCACCUGGCCAACUUGACCGGCCUACCCCCGAAAAACCGGGAUGGGCACAAGCCCACAGAUUUGAUGUACCCGGCUCCGGACAUGCAGGACAUCUUCAACCGGACGGGACACCAGCUAGAAGAAAUGCUUAUGAGCUGCAAUUUCAGCGGACAGAACUGCUCGGCUGACGACUUCACGGUGGUCUACACCAGGUAUGGGAAGUGCUACACAUUUAAUGGAAACAAGACCUCAUCUAGAAAAACUAAGCAGGGUGGAAUGGGAAACGGCCUGGAGAUCAUGUUGGAUAUUCAGCAGGAUGAGUACCUGCCGAUCUGGAGAGAGACCAAUGAGACAUCCCUGGAGGCCGGCAUUCGGGUUCAGAUUCACAGUCAGGACGAGCCCCCGUACAUUCACCAGCUGGGCUUCGGUGUCUCCCCGGGCUUCCAGACCUUCGUUUCAUGUCAGGAGCAGAGGCUGACCUACCUGCCCCAGCCCUGGGGCAACUGCCGCUCCUCCAGCAAGGAGAAGUUCCCAGGGUACGACAAGUACAGCAUCAGCGCCUGCCGGCUGCUCUGCGAAACCAAUGAGGUCGUCCGAGUUUGCAACUGCAGGAUGGUGCACAUGCCCGGAACUGCAGCUAUCUGUCCUCCCAGCAAAAUCAACUGUGUCGACAAAGCACUCGCUCAGUUACAGAAGACCACGGGGGACACCUGUCCAUGCGAGACGCCUUGUAAUCUGACACGUUACGGUAAAGAGCUCUCCAUGGUCAAAAUCCCCAGCAAGGGCUCAGCCCGCUAUCUCUCCAGGAAAUACGACAAGUCGGAGGACUACAUCAGAGACAAUUUUCUGGUUCUGGAUAUCUUCUUUGAAGCUCUAAAUUAUGAGACCAUCGAGCAGAAGAAAGCCUACGACGUGGCGGGUUUAUUAGGGGACAUCGGCGGACAGAUGGGCUUGUUCAUCGGAGCCAGCAUUUUGACAAUCUUAGAAAUCCUGGAUUAUGUAUACGAGGUGAUCAAGCAGCGGUUACAGCGUCUGCUGAGGCCUCAGAAGGAGGAGAAGAAGAGCAAGCAGCAGACCAGCACAGUCGCGACGGUGAAUCUGGAGGAAAUGAAGACCAAGGAGCCCAAUGAUCUCUCCCGGAGUCACCCAGAGGGGGCUUACGCCAACACCAUGCUGCCGAACCACCACCUCCCUCAGACCCUCCCUCAUCCACACGCUCACACUCUCCAACACCCGCGUCCUCAUCAUCACACCGGACGUCACGGCGUGUUCGAGGACUUCGCCUGCUAGAAUCAAACACCCGUCUGCGCGAGGAUCGACGACAGACCUUCUUUGUUCCCGUCUGCUGUCACCAGUGAAAAGCUACAGCCAAAGCCAAACACCAAACUGCUACCAAGCCACACGUAUGCACAUGAUGUAGGCACAAAUCAGACGUCACUGUCCGGGAAGAACCCUCGCGUCAAGGUCCCCACUUCAGAGGGCCACUAUUGGGAACAUCACCGGAAGGAAGAGGACUGCAUGUCACUUUCAGUGCGACAAUAAAACGAUUAUUUUAUCAGCAUCGUUUCAGAGUUCAGAACAAUCAUUGCUUCUUACAAUAUUAAGUCACCAAGAGGAGUUUUACCAAGGGAGUUUUAGAUUCACACUAUGUAAUACUGCUGCCUUACGUUGGAACCGCGCUGACUAUUACACAUAACAGAUCUGCAUUUAUCAUGAAAUUCAGAUUUAAUUUUACUCACCUGCUGUCAGAAUGAAUAGAAUAAAUGAGCCUUUUUCUGUUGCAUUUGAUACAUUUAAUGCACCUGUUUUAUUUUAAAAUAAAGCAGCAUUAUCACAUAGCGCAACCUCAGUAUUCAUGGGAAAAAAUGCACAUUAUCUGAAGGAUAUGUAAUUAUAUAAAGAGAUGUUACAAUCAGCUGUAUAUGUUAUAUAUUGUAUACAAAACGACAAUAACCAAAUCAUAUUUGUGUUUCACUCAUUCAGAAUAUAAAGGGAGUCAUUUAGUCAGAAAUGUUUGAUGAAAUGGUCUGAUUUUCCGUGGAGACAGCAGCAUCUUUCCACACGCCGAUUCGUGGUCGAGGUGUUAGAACAAGUAGCAUUGUAUAUUGUAAUAUCCACAUUGUAAAGCCGACUCAAAUAGGAAAAGGUUUUAAGGUUCUGUUUGGAUAGUUGCUGUUUAUAAUGAUUUACUGCUGUAAUAUUAAGUUAUUUAUACAGUUUUAGAGGAUAAUGAAGAUUUUAUAUGACAAAUAAAUCACAAUUGUAGCGAUUGCUGUACACUUCCAAAUCUGCAGAUGUGUUCUGGAAAACGUAAAUACAUUUGU